UAUUAAGUGCAAAAAUUGAGAAUGCCCUUUGCAAGUGUACAAAACGAGGGCAAAAAGCUGAGCGGGAGCGGGAAAAGUGAAAUUGACAAAGCCAAUGCCGAGGUUGUUGUCGUUGCCUGGGAAAUGGGAAAUGGUAUUGGGAAUAGGAAUCAGAGCUCAGAGCUCAGCCCGGCUCAGUCGGUGUGUGGCCGAAACCAAUAAGACUGGCAAAUUGGCCAAAUGUGUAUAUACGGCUUGCAGCAUGUCCGAAAAUAUAAACAACAAUCAGAACAAUGAAAUUGCAAGCCAAUCGAUGUCAUCGAAUCCGCCGCCCGCCGCCGCCUGGCCAAACUUUGAGGCGCGCCUUCUGAAGCAGACGGUGCACAGCGUCUGCCUCGACUGGACGCCCAGCCCUAAUCCCGCCUCAGUCUACUCUGUGGAGAAGUACCACAGGCGACACGGCUGGCAGCAGGUGCUCUGGACGAGCUCCAGUCCGCAAACUAUCCACCAGCUGGAGGAGAACUUUGGCCAUCGACUGCGCAUCCGAGCGCUGCGGCCCGCACCGGAUGGCAGCCACUACGAGACGUUGGCCAUCUCGCCGGAUAUUAUUGCAACCACAGAGGCUGCGCUGCCGUCGACAAAUUGUUUGCAUCGCGCCAUUCGCAAAUCGCAGCAGUUUCUAGUGAAGCGCAUGCUGCGCCGUCGACCCAGUCUGGUUGACUAUCCGGCCCCAAAUGGAUAUCUGCCCCUAGCCAAUGCCAUAAUGCAGGGCGAGAUGUGCAUCAUCGAUGUCCUGCUCUCGGCGGGCUGCAGUGUCCAGCUGGGCAAUCCGCACAACGGACGCAGCCCGCUGCACCUGGCCUUCUAUCAUGGUCAUCUGCCCGCAGCGCGCAUUCUACUGAACAAAAGGGCCCAGCUGGAGGCGACCGACUGCAACGGGAUGACGCCCGCCCACUGUGCCGUGGAUGCCAAUCGGCUGGACAUGGUCAGGUUCGCACUGGAAGCGGGCGCCAAUCCGGAGGCGAGAGACGCCUGCCAGUGGACGCUGCUGAUGCGCGCAGUCGUCAUGGAUGCCAGCCUGGAGCUUAUCAAGCUGCUGGUUACCCACGGCGCCGACUUAACAGCUCGGGACGCUCUCGGCAAAAGUUGCAGCGAUUUGGCCAAACUUUAUCGCCGGCAACAAGCCGGGGAUUACUUCGACCAGGUGCACAGGUUUCGACGGGAGAAGGCGGCAAUAACUGUGGCCAACACGCAACCGCAAAAGGAUUAAGUGCACGCGGCCGUCUAAUAGGAUAAAGCGUUUCUUUUGGAGGAGACACUAAUGAGCAUAAUCUUAGGGGCUAAGCACUUGCUAUACCCUGCCAAAGUCAGCUUACAAAUGGGUAUACUGAAAAAAGUUGGAACUAGAUUUUAUAAAGUAAAAUCUGCUCAUUAGUUAUUAAAUUGUAUAAAAAAAA